UUCCAUAUAAACUAUUCUUUAAAAAAGGCGCAUGCUUGCAGUUUCCGAGAAAAUCCCACAAUUUUCUCAUCAACCGAGAAAAAAAACUUUUCUUCCUUUCUUUGUCUUCAAUUACAACAACAGAGAUUCCAAAGAAACUCGACCUUGAUAGUUAGAUAGAUCUCCACCUUAAAAAAUUUUCAAAAACCAACAACAAGAAGCUUUCUCGCUCUCUCUUUAACUUUUUUUCUUUUUUCUUUUUCUUUCUCUUUCUUUCUCUCCAAACAUCCAGUUUCCCACUCUCUCACUCUCUCAAAAUCUCUUCGGGUCUUUCGGUACCAAAGAUUCAUAUGUUACUUUGCAAUUAAUUCUCUCUUUCUCUUGGAAUACUGAGAUUCGGAUUCAUCGUCUAAAAUUAUUUCUCUUUCUUUUUUUCAUAUCUUUUUUCCUUUUUUUUUUGUUUUGAUUGAUAUUCGUGAAAUUUUAUUAUUAUUAUUUUUAAUUUGGGGAGCAGAAUGUUAGUGAUUGAAAAAGGUUUCUCCUUUUUACCGUUUUUAGGGAAUCCGUUUCAAUGCUUUCAAUGUUGAUCGAAACGCGUUUCUUUCUCGAUCUCUCAAAAAGAUCUAGGGUUAGGGUUUCCUUCUUUCUUUCUAACAUUGUUUUGUUAAUUUAUCAAAUUAGUCCUUGUGGCUGUUUUAAGAUUUAAGAUUCCUUUUUAUCCUCAAUUUAAAAUUUCCUCUUGUUUUUAAAUUUUAUCCCUCUAAAAAUCUACAAUGCUAAGGCAAAUUUUCAGUAAACUCCCACGAAAAUCCGGGAAAUCGGAUUCGCCGGGGCUAGCUCGGUCAAACUCAUGCACGACAGCUGGGUCAACCCUACAAACUCAACGAUCCAACAGUUUGAACUCGGGCUCUGGCCGCCCCGGUGCUACAAAACGGACAUCCUCAGCCGUUUUUCCGGCGAGUGUUGUGGCGGGAAUCGAGCCGUUGUUGCCAUUCAAAGACGUGCCAAAUUCGGAAAAAAUGAAUCUUUUUGUGAGUAAAGUCAGCCUUUGUUGUGUAACUUUCGAUUUCACUGACCCGACUAAAAAUUCAAUUGAAAAAGAUGUUAAAAGACAAACCUUGCUCGAGUUGUUGGAUUUUGUGGCUUCUGGGUCUGUUAAAUUUAGCGAACCUGCGAUUUUAGCUAUGUGUAGGAUGUGUGCUGUGAAUUUGUUUAGAGUUUUCCCGCCUAAUUAUCGGUCUGCUAGUGAUGGUGGUGAAAAUGAUGAUGAUGAGCCGAUGUUUGAUCCGGCUUGGCCACAUUUGCAAAUUGUUUAUGAUUUGCUGCUUAAGUUUAUCACCUCUUCAUGUCUUGAUGCGAAAGUAGCUAAAAAGUAUAUAGAUCAUUCCUUUAUUUUGAGAAUGCUUGACUUGUUUGAUUCAGAGGAUCCAAGGGAAAGGGAUUGUUUGAAGACUAUACUGCAUAGGGUUUAUGGCAAGUUUAUGGUUCAUAGGCCGUUCAUUCGGAAGGCUAUAAGCAAUAUAUUCUAUCGGUUUGUUUUUGAGACGGAGAGACAUAAUGGGAUUGCAGAGUUGUUGGAGAUUUUUGGGAGUAUAAUCAGCGGGUUUGCUUUGCCGUUGAAGGAGGAGCAUAAGAUCUUCUUGUGGAGGGUUUUGAUUCCUCUCCACAAGCCAAAAACUUUCGGGGUUUACUUUCAACAAAUGUCUUUUUGUGUUACUCAAUUCAUUGAGAAGGAGCCCAAGUUGUCCAGUACAGUGAUAAGGGGGUUGUUGAAGUACUGGCCCAUAACAAACAGCCAGAAGGAGGUGAUGUUUCUCGGUGAGUUGGAAGAGAUUUUGGAAGCAAUUAACAUGGUGGAAUUCCAGAAGGUUAUGGUUCCAUUGUUCUGGCGGAUUGGCUGUUGCAUUAACAGUUUCCACUUCCAGGUGGCUGAAAGGGCACUUUUCUUUUGGAAUAAUGAUCAAAUUGUAAACUUAAUUGCACUUAAUCGGCAUGUGAUUUUGCCCAUAAUACUUCCAGCCUUGGAAAAGAAUUCCCAGAACCAUUGGAACCCGGCAGUGCUCAACUUAACUUUAAAUGUCAGAAAGAUGUUCAUGGAGAUGGAUGAUGUGCUGUUCAUGUCCUGUCAUACUCACUUUAAGGAGGAAGAGGCAAAGCUGAGCAUAUUAGCUGAGAAACGGAAGGAAGCAUGGGAGCUAUUAGAAAAUGCAGCCAGUCUCCAGCCAAUAACUGGAAAUACUGCUGUUCUCGUAACUCCUUUGGCAACAUCAAUCACCUGUUAACUGCUUUCCUGAACUGUUGUUGUCCCGAGCUUUUUGAUUUUUCCUUUUCUGUCCCACCUUUUAUAAGGAUGGGAAAUGUUUUUAAACGGCUGCUGUUAGUGGUGGUGGGAUUUUUUUUGGAUGUUCCAUUGGCAGCCGUUUCCUGUAACUUGUUUUAAUGUAUUCUCCAAUGCCACUGUGUGGGAUGUUAGUUGCUUCCUUGGAAAAGUCAUGGGAAGGGCCAUGCCAUGUAGUGGAUUAUACUUAAUAGUUUAUUUGAAAGACUUUGACAAGGCAUAUAAGAAACUCCCAACUGCUUACAUAUGCUUACAUAUAUGGUAACUUGCUUCUUAAAUUCGAAAUGUGAUGGCUUAUUAUUGGUGGGGUUUGAUUGUCAUAUUAACUACAUCACUGAUUCUCUUUAUCAUCUAAUUUGAUUUUAAAGGUUGCCUGUUGUGAACAGCUGUAGAUAAUGAUCUCUCCCCCUAAUAAUUUAUCAUGGUUGUGGGUAAAUGCUGGACUUGAAUAUAUUAGUAGUCUGGAAUUUGAUUGUUAUUGGUUUGGAUUAAAUGAGAUGUGGACGUAACAUAUGAUGUUCUUGAGAUUUUUCUUGAGAGUGAUUAGAUUGUAGUAAAAUGAUUAAACUUGGUUUAAGAAGGUUCAAGAUCCAUUCCUUGAUGGUAAAUUUCUGUCUACUCCUUUCACUUUCAUUUUACAGGCAAAGGUAGUUAUUGAUAUGUUUAGCUCAAAUGAUGCUUAGUGAUGAUGACAGAAAGAUCUCAGGUUCAAGUUGGACGGAUAAUUUUACUUCAUACUUAACAAAUAACCCAAAAAAUGAAUAAAUUAGUGG